GUUCCUGGCGGUGAGGACAAGGUUCCUGGCUGUGAGGACAAGGUUUCUGGCAGUGAGGAGAAGGUUCCUGGCGGUGAGGAAAGGGUUUCUGGCGGUGAGGACAAGGUUCCUGGUUGUGAGGACAAGGUUCCUAACGCCGAGGACAAGGUUCCUACCGACGAGGACAAGGUUCCUGCCAGUGAGAACAAGGUUCCUGGCGGUGACGACAAGGUUCCUGGUGGUGAGGACAAGGUUUCUGGCCGCGAGGACAAGGUCCCUGCGGCUGAGAACAAGGUUCAUGCCGGUGAGGACAAGGUUCCUGGCGGUGAGGACAAGGUUCCUGCCGGCGACGACAAGGUUUUUGCCAGCGAGAACAAGGUUGCUGGCGGUGAGGACAAGGUUCCUGGCGGUGCUGACGAGGUUCCUGGCGGUGAGGACAAGGUUGCUGGCGGUAAGGACAAGGUUCCUGGCGGUGAGGUCGAGGUUCCUGGCGUUGCCGGCAGGGUUCCUGGCGGUGACGACAAGGUUCCUGCCGGUGGGGAAAAGGUGCCUGCCGGUGAGGACAACGUUCCUCGCGAUGAGGACAAGGACCCUGGCGGUUAG